UAACCCAAAAUUGUCAAACGAGUCCUUGAAAGCACAAAAUCUUGACAAGUAAUCCAUGACUAGACCAUAGCCCAAGUGAGCACAUAGUGUUGUGUAGAUGAUACAACAAUAGCCACACUCCUCAAUUGCAAUUUGCCCCAUUAUUAUUGAGAGAGAGAGAAGGGAACAAAAAAUGCAUUUUCAGUGAAAAUAUUCGGCAAAAAAUGGAAGCUCUGCGUCUUUCAACUUCCUUCGCAGGGAUCAAUUGUUCAAUCUACAAAUCUACAAGGAGACUCAAAGUCAACCGGAAUCUCUUGCUCUCUUCAUUGAAACCCAAAUCUUCAGUUCCCAUUCGGAGCUCCGCUCAGUUCCGUGGACGCAUCCACUGUUCUGCUUGCAGCUGUUCCUCUCACAGUCACCAUCAUCAUCACCAUGACCAUAGUCAUGAUCAUCACAAUCAUCAUCACCACCACCAUGGUCCUGACGAAGGCGACGGGAAGCUCACGAAAUUUCAGGAGGUAUUUCUCAAGUUUGCAAAUGCUAUCAGGUGGACCCAGUUGGCGAAUUACUUGAGAGAGAAUUUAGAGCUUUGCUGUUGCUCAGCGGUUUUGUUUAUUGCUGCUGCUGUUUGCCCUUACUUUCUUCCCAAGCCCGCUGUACUGCCUCUCCAGCGUAUUUUCGCUCUCAUUGCCUUUCCUCUCGUUGGGGUCUCAGCAUCACUUGAUGCAUUAGUGGACAUUACUGGUGGUAAAAUCAAUAUUCAUGUACUGAUGGCUCUCGCAGCUUUUGCAUCAGUUUUUAUGGGGAACGUAUUGGAAGGUGGCUUGCUUCUUGCAAUGUUCAAUUUAGCUCAUAUAGCUGAAGAGUAUUUCACGAGUCGCUCCAAGGGUGAUGUAAAGGAAUUAAAAGAAAACCAUCCAGAAUUUGCUCUUGUGCUGCACGUAGACAAUCAAACUUUGCCUAGUUUCACUGACUUGUCAUAUAUUGAAGUUCCUGUGAGUGACCUGGAAGUUGGCUCAUUUAUAUUGGUUAAAGCUGGUGAGUCAGUACCAGUGGACUGUGAAGUUUCCCGAGGUAGAUCAACAAUUACUAUUGAACAUUUGACGGGAGAAGUCAAACCUUUAGAUAAGAAAGAAGGGGACAAUAUUCCAGGAGGUGCGCGAAACCUGGACGGUAUGUUGAUAGUGAAGGCAAAGAAGACAUGGAAAGAGUCCAUGCUUAGCAGAAUUGUGCAGCUGACAGAAGAGGCUCAGCUAAGUAAACCAAGACUCCAAAGAUGGCUUGAUAAGUUUGGCGAGCAGUACAGUAAAGCAGUUGUGUUAUUAUCUCUAGCAGUUGCUUUUCUUGGUCCAUUCCUUUUCAAAUGGCCUUUCUUUAGUACUACAGCUUGCAGAGGAUCAAUUUACCGAGCAUUGGGCCUCAUGGUAGCUGCAUCACCUUGUGCAUUAGCUGUGGCGCCAUUGGCUUACGCAACUGCCAUCAGUGCUUGUGCAAAAAGGGGCAUAUUGCUUAAAGGUGGACAGGUGCUUGAUGCCUUGGCUUCAUGCCAUAGUAUUGCAUUUGACAAAACUGGUACAUUGACAACAGGGGAGUUCAUGUGCAAAGCAAUUGAACCGAUACAUGGACAUGCUAAGAGUGUUGGAAAAGGAUUUGCUUCUUGUUGUAACCCCAGUUGUGAGAAAGAAGCACUUGCUGUUGCAGCUGCAAUGGAGAGGGGUACAACUCACCCAAUUGGAAGAGCUGUCGUAGAUCAUAGCGCAGGCAAAGACCUUCCUUCAAUUUCAGUUGAAAGUUUUGAGAAUUUACCUGGUAGAGGCAUAAUUGCAACAUUAUCGAGCUUUGAGCCACGACUAGGAGGUGGUAAACCAUGGAAAGCUUUUCUUGGUUCUGUGGAAUACAUCACCUCACUUUGCGACUCUGAAGAUGAAUCAAGAAGAGUUGAGGAGGCAGUAAACACGUCAUCUCAUGGAGUUGAUUUUGUCCGUGCUGCUCUCUCGGUUAAUAAUCAAAAGGUAACUCUUUUUCACUUUGAGGAUAAACCUCGACCUGGAGUUCUAGACGUCGUACAGACAUUGCAGAAUCAAGCUAAACUUCGUGUCAUAAUGUUAACUGGUGACCAUGAGGCAAGUGCAAGGAGAGUUGCUAAAACAGUGGGCAUCAAAGAAGUUAACUGCAGCCUAAAGCCAGAGGAUAAACUUUAUCAUGUUACAAGCAUCUCAAGGGAUACAGGAGGCCUUAUAAUGGUAGGUGACGGCAUCAAUGAUGCCCCAGCACUUGCUGCAGCUACUGUUGGUAUUGUACUGGCUGAGCGAGCUAGUGCCGCUGCCAUAGCUGUUGCUGAUGUACUGUUGUUGCAAGACAAUAUUUCUGGUGUCCCAUUUUGUGUUGCAAAAUCUCGCCAAACAACAUCCUUGAUCAAGCAAAAUGUAGUACUAGCUUUGUGUAGCAUUAUUUUGGCAUCUCUUACAUCAGUUAUGGGGUUCCUACCACUCUGGUUGACGGUGCUCUUGCAUGAAGGUGGCACACUUCUUGUUUGUCUCAAUUCCGUACGUGCGCUAAACCCUCCAACAUGGUCAUGGAGGGAGGAUAUUUCACAAAUCAUUGAUAGAAUGCGUUCUCUAGUUAUGUUUUUGAGGCAUGGCACACUACCUAGCACCAUUCAGGCAGCUCAUUUGUGAUUAUUGACUUGCCCUUUAGCUGCUCACCUCCCAGUUGCGACGGAAUGAAUAGUUUCUUCUUGUCGAACAAAACGAGGAUUCAAGAUGUGAAGAACACUGCACCUAGCAUGUUGAAUUGCCUCAUCAAGUAGAUCGUCUGGUUGAGGCUUGAAGCCCAAUUCAGUCAUGUGUAUAUUCCUGUCCCAUGUUUCUGGUCUGAACUUUCCAUGAUAUAAGUUAGGCUGUAUUGAAACUUUACUGUAAAUAAGUGGUCUGUUGAAGUCACCAGUAUAGCAUUUUAAUGCAGGACGUUAGGGAACAACCAAAUUGCACACGAUAUUUUUCUCGUCUUGUGUACAACAAUUCUACAAGUUUUCCUUAAAACGAAUUUCUGGUCUCAUCUUUCUAUCCGAAUAACAUGGUCAAUUGUUCAAUUUCA